AACCUAUAAAACAAUUGUAACCAGAGUUGACAAGUAGUGAGGGUGUCAAAGAAAAUGUACUGAAUUAUUUUAUAUGCUUCAGAAGCAGGUUGGGGACAGAGUUUUGCAAUUUAAUGCUAAUGUUGGUUUAAUCAUAAGAAAUGAUGUCUACAUAUUUGUUAAUGUAAUUUAGUGAUUUUCAUUCAUGUAAUGCAAUUCUUUUGUGCUUUUACUUAUAAUUAUUAUAAGACACACCAGUCCAAAGCAUGAAUGGUAUUUUGGCCAACGAUGGAGGCAUUGGAUCAUGGAGAUGGAAUUGGACAGAGUUGUGUGGAGCUGAAGGAGGCAUAGAGCCAUUGAAUCGUGAAACACAUGAUCUAGGCAUAUGCUUUCAACAAUUAUGCCUACAAAUUCCUGUAUUAGCCUUGAUAGCAAUAAUCUCAGCCUAUUACUGUGGAAAGCGUAGUGUUUCAUCAUCACGUGGAUAUAUUUCUUUUUACGCUCUAAACAUUAGACUGAUUGUGGCGAUAUUUUUGGCAAUUUUGCCUGUAAUCAGAGCAUAUAUUAUUCUCACUAAUGGAGCACCACCAUCUGCAAAUGAUGUCAACAUUGAAGAAAUUAAUACAGAAAGUGAACAAGAGCUGUCAUUGCCUGAUACCAACACUCUCUUUGAUACUGAGGAUAUUGCAAGGAAAAUAGAGAAUGGAUUAAAUCGAACUGGUGUUUUGGAGAAAAUUUUGUUCGCCAAUGGUUUUUAUAAUGUGAACAAUGUUAUGGGUGGUUCAUCGACAGAACAAAAUUAUGACGAUAUACUUUUAAAAUUAAAUACCAAAACACCUUCUGCCAAACCCAUAGACUAUAUUGUAGCAGGAACCGAAGGGCUCGCAUGGGUGGUUCACUUUUGUUUUCUUCUAACAUUUCGUAGAAGCAAUUUAAACCCAAGAGGCCCAGUGUUGUUAAGAGUUUUGGUGCUUCUUUUGCUCUGCACCUCUUCUUUACUUUUACGGAGUCAUAUUAAUAACACAGCACAGGACGACGUUUUGCCAAAUUUGUCUUUGGGGUUUAGUAUCAGUGUUGUCAUUCUUCUUGUGUUAUAUGCUUUAACACUGAUUCCAAAUUAUGGAUCAUCCCGUAAUAGAGAUCGCUCCAGAAAUGGAGAGGUAGGGGAGCGUACGGCACUGUUAAGUGCACCUAGCACAUCGUAUGUGCGUUUUUUGGAGGAGCAAGAUCCAAAUUAUUUAGGAACCGCUAUGGAGGAGGCUACGAUGACUUCGAUACUCCUUUUUCAUUGGGUUACUCCACUCAUGGAAAAAGGUGUCAAAGGAUUAUUGAGACAUUCCGAUGACCUUUACGAUUUGCCAGAGCACCUUGGUACCUCAUCUAUUAAUCAACAAAUUGAUAAGCACAUGAAAAAUAUGUCAACAACAGAAGUAAAUGGUUACCGAACAGUUGCUGAAGAGAUCCCAGAAGCAAGAACAGUAAGGUCAACAUCCAAAGUAUCACUGUUACGACUUUUACAUCAGUGUUUUGGGUGGCAAUUCUAUGCAGUGGGAGUGCUUAAAUUCGUCGCAGAUUGUACCGGUUUUGUGGGACCUCUUUUACUAAAUAGACUAGUUGGUUUUAUUGAAGAUAAAUCGGAGCCUAUAUACUAUGGAUAUUUGUAUGCCUUUUCAAUGUUUUUUAGUACUUUGUUUGGUGCCUUUUGUAGUGCUCACUUUACUUUCUGGAUGUCAUUGGUGGGAUUGAAGAUACGCACAGUGAUAGUUACACUCGUAUAUCGGAAGACUUUGCAUUUAUCGAAGGCUCAGCUGAAUCGAUCAUUUACCUUUGGAGAAAUUGUGAACUUCAUGAGCACUGACAGCGAUAGGAUUGUCAACAGUUGUCCUAGUUUUCACACGUUUUGGAGCAUACCUUUGCAGCUAGUAGUGACAUUAUAUCUCCUCUACAUUCAAAUUGGAAUUGCUUUUCUGGCUGGUCUGAGUUUUGCCAUUGUACUCAUUCCAGUCAACAAAGUUAUAGCGAAUAAAAUUGGACGACUCAGCACCAAAUUAAUGGAGAGCAAGGAUCAGAGAGUCAGACUCGUUGCAGAAACUUUGAGGGGCAUAACUGCUAUUAAAUUGAACGUCUGGGAGGAGCAUUUUGUACGAAGCGUUCUGAAGUGGAGGGAAAGUGAGAUUAAAUAUCUGAAGGGUAGAAAAUAUUUGGACGCGCUGUGUGUCUACUUCUGGGCUACGACACCGAUCGUCAUAUCUAUUUUGACAUUUUCAACUUAUGCACUUCUCGGCAAUCAACUCGACGCUAAGACUGUAUUUACCAGCAUGGCAUUGCUAAACAUGUUAAUUGCUCCUUUGAAUGCUUUCCCUUGGGUUUUAAAUGGCUUAACAGAGGCAUGGGUCUCGGUAAAACGAAUUCAGAAAUUGCUGGAUAUACCAGAUUUAGAUACAACAGCGUAUUAUUCGGAUCCACCAGUGGGUACAGAUAUCAUGAUGAAAAAUUUAACAUUGAGCAUGAUUGGUCGUCAAGAUCUUCAAACUACUUUUGACGUUGAACCAAAUGUUUCUUCAAAUCCAUCACCUAGUUCGGAGAGUAAGAAGAGUGUCACAUUUAAAGAUGAUGAGAUAUUCGCUUUAAAGAAUCUCAAUGUUACCAUUCAAAAGGGCCAAUUGAUUGGCAUCAUGGGCAAAAUUGGCAGUGGAAAAUCUCUUCUGUUAGACGCGAUCUUAGCAGAACUGACCCUAGAAAAAGGUACCCUUGCUGUCAACGCUAUUGACAAAGGUGUUGGAUAUGUUAAACAAAAUGCUUGGCUCCAAAGAGGCACCAUUCGAGAUAAUAUUCUUUUUGGAAAAGCGUACGACUAUAAUAAGUAUAAAAGUGUAUUGAAAGCGUGUGCUCUCACGGACGACUUAAAUUCUCUGCCAAAGAAGGAUUUAACAGGGGUGGGAGAAUCUGGAAAUACUCUAAGCGGAGGCCAGAAGACCAGGAUAGCUUUGGCUCGAGCAGUUUACGCUGAUAAAGAGAUUUAUUUAUUGGAUGAUAUCUUGGCAACUCUUGACGUUAAAGUGGCAAAACACAUUUUCCAAAAUGUCGUCCUAGGUUUAUUAAGAGGCAAGACCAGGAUAGUGUGCACUCAUCAGACACAAUAUCUGAUUCAUGCCGAUCUGGUCAUUGAGUUGUCAAAAGGGGCCAUCGUAAAGCAAGGAAGACCCUGUGAUAUUUUACCAGAUCUGGAGGAUUAUUUGUUGUCCUCCGAGUCUAUAGAGUCGGAUUUAGACGUAGGCUCUAUAAAAGGCUUGCCGAAAGAGUUUCAUGAGUUGGAUGAAGGUGGAAAGGACACAGUUCUGGAUAAUGAAUUCAUCGAAAAAGGAACGGUACAUCUGAGGGUGUACACCUGUUAUUUGAAAGCCAUUGGCCGAUAUCUGGCCAUGACGAUAUUCCUAUCUAUGAUUUUAAUGCAGACCUCAAAGAACAUCACAGACUUGUGGCUUUCGUAUUGGGUCACUCGGACCAAUGCUACCAUUAAUUCUACGAACUCUGCCCAUCCUGCGCUAUUGGCUAGCACCUUUGAUUAUUAUGACACGAACAGUGUGAAUUAUUAUUUAACCAUUUAUGGGAUUCUUGCAAUACUUAAUUCAGUUUUUACCCUGAUCAGAGCGUUCAUCUUUGCCUACGGAGGUAUCCAAGCUGCAAUAUCGAUGCAUAAACAGCUGCUGAAAACGAUCAUCAGGGCAAAAGUGCAAUUUUUUGAUGUUCAACCUCUGGGCAGGUUGCUUAAUAGAUUCUCGUCGGACACUUAUACAGUAGACGAUUCUCUUCCAUUUAUUAGCAACAUUUUGCUGGCACAAGUGUUCGGACUAAUUGGGACAAUCAUUGUCACCGUUUAUGGUCUGCCAUGGAUAUUUUUAAUUUUGGUUCCCUUAGUGCCAAUUUAUCAUUGGAUCCAGAAUCAUUAUAGGUUGACAUCGAGAGAACUUAAACGACUCUCCAGCAUUGCCUUAUCGCCAUUGUAUGCGCACUUUAGUGAAACUUUGCAAGGGCUUAGCACGAUUCGAGCUUUUCAAGUAGUGCCACGUUUUAAGCAGGAAAACGACCUCUACCUCGAUUCAAGUCAAAAGACACAAUUUGCAUCCAUCGCGGCCAGCCAGUGGCUCGCUUUGAGAUUGCAGUUCAUCGGUGUUGCACUUUUAACGGGGGUUUGUAUAAUGGCGGUAAUGCAACAUCAAUAUGACAUCGCCGAUGCAGGAUUAAUCGGGUUGGCCAUUUCCUAUGUUCUAUCCGUUACCGGAUUAUUAUCAGGAGUUGUGAAUGCCUUCACUGAAACGGAAAGAGAGAUGAUAGCCGUGGAAAGGAUAAAGCAGUAUUUGGAGAGCACUUCUUUAGAACCUAUCGAUGGCGAAAGCCCGCCGUAUGCGUGGCCAGGUCAGGGUGUGGUCGAAUUUAAAGACGUCGUCCUUAAAUACAGGGAUUAUCUUGCACCUUCUCUCAAAGGGAUUUCAUUCGCUACCAGACCAGCCGAGAAGAUUGGAAUCGUUGGAAGGACCGGAGCAGGGAAAAGCUCGAUUUUCGCCUCGCUGUUCAGACUGGCAGAAAUAGCAUCUGGAGAGAUAUUAGUUGACAAUGUUAAUAUUCAAACUUUACAGCUAUACGCCUUGAGGUCUCGUUUGUCGAUCAUACCGCAAAAUCCAUUCUUGUUUUUGGGCACCGUUCGGGAAAAUGUAGACCCAUUAAAUCAGUAUCCGGAUUCGCAGGUGUACAAAGCUCUUGAGAAGUGCAAGGUGCAUUCCUUGGUGUAUCGUUUAGGUGGUUUAGGUGCCACCUUGGAAGAGGGUGGCAGUAAUUUAAGCGCUGGUCAGAGGCAGCUCUUUUGUUUGGCCAGAGCUGUUUUGCAUAACGCUAAGAUUUUGUGCAUCGACGAGGCCACUGCUAAUGUCGAUCAGGAGACGGACAAGUCUAUACAGACGACUAUAAAAUCUUCCUUUAGGAGCGCGACUGUGAUUACGAUUGCUCACAGAAUAAGAACGAUCAUGCACUGCGACAGAGUGAUGGUGAUGGGAGAUGGCGAAGUACUGGAAUUCGAUGAGCCAAAUUUAUUGCUCCAAAACAUCGAAUCGCAUUUUUUCCACAUGGCCAGUCAAGAGUUUUCGGAGGAAGAAUGAACUUGAAAUUUACGCUGUCUAGAUAGGUGUAAAUAUUUAAUUGUGAUCGAUAUCAUGUACAUACCACUUUAAAUGUUUAACCCUACACGUAAGGAAUUACCAUGCAUCUAUUUUGUACAUAUACAAAGUUAACCUAACACGUGAAGUAUCUAUAUUACUAGUGACAUUAAUUUUUUGUAAUACGAAAGUCUGAAGGGCCAUCCUUCACCGUUAUUAUUAUAUUUGUAUAUUACAGGAGUCUGCAAUCUAAGAUUACGAAUUUCCUGUUAUCGUUAUAGAUGAUAAAAACGACAUAAUUUAGAA